UAUGCGAAUCACCAAAUGGUGCAUUUAGCCACAAGUUCGACCUGAAAUUUAAUACGUUAGAGAAUUUAUAAGUUUAUUUGGAUAAAGUGAAAUUAAGUAAGUUGUUUGUGGGGACAGUUGAGUCUAAAAAUAACGCGUUGAAAGUUCGGAUAUUGUAGAAAGUCGAUGGCGGUGUAACGAAGAUUUGUGUUUACCGGACACAAGAUGUUCUAAGAUGCCUUCUUUUGACCUUUUGAAUAAGGUGGAGCUGUUUAUGCGGGCAGGAACGUUUCCUGUAGGUGCAUCCAAGAGCUCAAAGAAAGUGACCAGAGCUGCCAGCAAACACUUUAUUUAUAAAGAUGGCUGCUUGUGGCGGGCCUAUCGAGGCCGCCUCCUCCGCGUUGUCAGGAGCGAUGAGGAAGUGAGGGAGAUCCUGGUCCGUUACCAUGACAACAACAACCACGCUGGCCGGACCCGGACAGUAAGGGAGAUAAUGUUGAUGUAUUACUGGGUCGGAGUGACAGAGGUGGUGAAGACCUGGAUCAACGCUUGUGCUGUUUGUCGGAGCCGAGGUCCUGCUGAACCGCCUGAUCCGCCUGUCAGCUUCUGCCUGGCCUACGGCUGCGAUGCCUCCAGCUACGUUUACCCUGACCUCAGCUUCCACAAGUUUCCAAAGGAGGCAGAGCGACGGCGAAGGUGGCUGGCGGUGGCUCAGAGAGAUGAAGGCUCACUUCGCACUACCUCCUGCCUCUGCUCCAGACACUUUGAGCCGUCCUGUUUCACGCUGAGUGAGGAGGGUCAGCCGACUCUAUCCCCAGACGCCGUACCCACCAUCAUCCCUGUGACAGUGCAGGAGGAAGAGGUUCCCAUCCCUUCAGAUGAGGACUUCCUCAAUUCCAACACCCUGGAAGACCUCCUGUCCACAGCUGCUGCCGCUGCUGCUGCAGAAACCACAGACCCUCCUGAGCCAACCUUCUAUUGCCCUGGGACACCUGUAGAGCUGCAGGAGCACCAGUACUGCCUCCCAGCUCCUGAUCCGUACUCCAGGGAGGUCCAGAGGGUGGUGGAGGACAACAGCAGGAAGACCGUCAUUGAGCCAAGCUUCACUGCUUACAACCAGAUUGCCAGGUAUCUGAGUCAUAGGGAGUUACCGAUGCAAAGCAAGAAAGCCAGAGGUUCUUUAAAAAGGAUGGCCAAGCGCUUUGCUCUGAUGGAUGGAGUCCUGAUGUACACACGAGUCUCUCCUCCUCUCAGAGUGCCGCGCAGCAGAGAGGAGGUGAACUCGAUCCUGCAGCGGUUCCAUGACAACCAGGGUCACUACGGCCAGGGGAUCUGCCAGCAACAGAUCGCAAAGCGCUUCUACUGGGCCAACAUGACCCGAGACCUGGCCCGCUGGAUCUCCAGCUGCCACACCUGCCUCAACAGAACCAAGAGGAAGUGGCUCCGCUGCAGCGUCCACUCCUGCACCAACUGCUGUGGACCGGUGGAGAGAGGCCUGGGCCUCACCUUCCAUAAGUUUCCUCUUGACAACGCGGCCCUGCUGGCUCAGUGGUUGAAGGCUGUUGGUCGCCCUAACUGGCAUCCUCGUCUCCGCUCAUCAGUUUGUUCGGCCCAUUUCACAGAGGACUGCUUCAACCGCAGCGGGGAUAAGGUCACCAUCCAUCCAGACGCCGUGCCCACACUCUUGGUCCACGGCGACUCAGCGACUUCAUCGAGAGGUCCGACUCAGCCGUCUGCCGGAGAGGAGGCCUAUUUUGCGAAGUACGAUGCCGUGGAGCUCUACCUGAGCAAACGCACCUAUCCCCCUGGCCUGAGCUAUGUAGAGAAGAACACCUUCAGGAGGUUUUGCAAGAAGUUUACCAUUAAAGACGACGUGCUCCACAUGGUGAGGGGAGACCAAGUGCGUCUGGUUCUGAGGAGCAGGCAGCAAGUUGAAGUCGCCCUGGUGGAUUAUCACAACGAGCUGAACCACCUCAACAUCAACAAAUGUCUCAGACUGCUCAACGAGAGGUACUUCUGGAAAACCAUGAAAUCUGAUGUGGCUCAGUGGAUCGACAGCUGCUCGCAGUGCAGCAGGAAGAAAAGGAGGAAACCAGAUAACCAAACAGAACCAGGAGGAUCAGAGUCACUUCGGGAGGCGCUGAGAUCCCCUCAGUUACCCAGUGAUGUAGACAGUGGGAAGGAUGACGAUGAUGACACCAAUGACGGCGAAGGUGAUGGUCGGGAUGUUGAUGAAGGUGGUGGGAGUGUUGCUGAUGAAGAAAGACAACCACCAACAAAUUCAGAGAGCAGAGCGCCUGUAGCUCCCAUCAACCCUCAGCCAAGAAUCCCCAUCCUCCUUCAUCUAAGAACCCCCAUCAACCUCCAGCCCAGAAUUCCCAUAAUCCUCCAGCCAAGGACUCCCAACGUCCCCUUUGUGGCCAGAGUCUGGUCUGUCAAAAGAGGAACCCUGCCACAGUCUGACGUCCAGAAGGAAACAAACCGCCCCGACACUCAGCCUGAGAACCAGAUCAGCCUCCAGGUUCAAGUGGAAACUCCACUAGAAGAGCAGACGCAACCUGAGGACCUCAGUGUCUCUCAGGGCAGUGCCAGAACACAUCACUGUGUCAAAGCCCAGGACAUAACCAAACCUCCUACAAAGUCACAUCCUGCACUUGAGCUCCCAGAAAAACCCAAAUGCCCACAAGCUGCAAACAAGCAAAAUCAACUUCCAAGUCAAGGCAGAGGGCUGACAACCCAGAACCAAACCCUGAGUCAUGGCAGCGUCCAGCACCCAGUGAAGAGAAAGAGAAACCUGGAGGCUGCGUCGUCGGCUAAGAGGAGCUCCACUUGUGGCAUGGAGCCUGUGGUGGCACCAAGCACCAAACCCUGGCCUGUCUUCACCAUCGCUGGCUCUGCCCCAGCACAGACAGCAAAACCCCUCUCCAAAGUGGACAGCUCUGCUUCCUCGCGGAGGCCCGGGACACUACAGGCCCGGACGGUCAUCCAGCAGUGCAGUAAGGCGAAGGUUAAGAUCAAACCAGGCAUGAAUGGGGCUGACGCUCAGUGGGUGGAGAUCCAGGAGGGAAUGGUUGUGUACGUGUGCUUCUUCCAGGGAGCCACCGAGGACGUCAUUCAUGAGAUGGCCAGCAGUCUGAUGACCACCAAAUUUUUCAGAAAAGACACCGGGCACACGGUUUCCGUCAUCGACCUUCCCGGGAGUGUUUUAUUUAUCCCCCAGGACUCCCUGCUCGGGGAGCCGGUUCCCAAGAGAAGGAUGCAGUACAGAGGGGGGUGUGAGCUGUGGUGGGGCGCCCAGCUCUUCUCAAACCUGGUGUCCGCCUGCAGGGAGUUAAUGUCUGCAUCUGUGAAGUGCACAAAGGCAGGCGUGAAGGUGGAGGAGGGAGUCUACGGACAGAAACAGGAGAUGGAGCUGAGCUCUGUGGAGCCGCUGACGCUCCUGCUGGAGUUCUGAGAUAUCACAAAUUGGAUGCAGACACAAACUAUGGUUGCUGCAACGUCUGUGUUUCAGAUCCUUCAACCUCCGGCCUGACCAUGGUAAUGGAAAUAAAGCAGGUUUCUCCAGACCAAACACAGGUGUAGUUUCUGUGCUCAUGGUUUUCCACGUGGCAAAGAAGCUUAAGGCCCUUUGGAGAAGUUUAAAAGUUCAGUCAGUAAAAUUGCAGCUGAAAAUUUAGUUUCUGCUGCUCUCCAGAUUUUGUUUUGUCAUCCACGUCUGCCUUUUACAAAGAACAUAAUUAUGUUAAUGUGACAGAAUGUAUGUUUCCAUCAGUGUCCCCUAAUAACAGGGAAUCAGCCUCUGCUGAGUUAAUAUGUGAUGCACUUACAAGAUCAGUCAGAUGUUGUUGUAUAUUUUUUAUUGCUGACUGCUGCUGUGUAGUGUCUACACUCUAACCGUUUACAGGACUGUAUCUUGUGUUUAUAUUGUUUGUACUGUACAGUCAAGAGAGAAAAACAUCAAUAAUAAAUAACCUAUGUUAAAACAAA